GAAACGCUUUUCAAGUUGUGUCUAUCUGUCUCCACGAUUCACGCCUUGAGUCUUGACCCCUCCUCCUCCUCCUCAUCAUCCCCCCACCCCCCUUCUCAACAAAAGCAAUUCGUUCAUCGUUGGAGAAAUCAACGAGAGAAGAGAAGAUGAGUUUUCAAGAUUUAGAAGCAGGGAAAGGAGGAAGAUCGAGGAAGAUGAAUGGCGGUGGUGGUCGCCAAGAUUCGACGCAAGCCGUCGCUUCCGGUAUCUUCCAGAUCAAUACCGGAGUCUCCACCUUUCAGCGGCUCGUUAACACGCUCGGUACUCCCAAAGAUACCCCCGAGCUCCGUGACAAGCUGCACAAGACACGGUUGCAUAUUGGUCAGCUUGUGAUGGACACUUCUGCUAAGCUUAAAGAAGCUAGUGAAACUGAUCAUCGAACCCGUGUCAAUGCAAGUAAGAAGAUUGCAGAUGCAAAGCUUGCGAAGGACUUUCAAGCUGUGUUAAAAGAGUUUCAGAAAGCGCAACAGACUGCUGCUGAAAGAGAAACCGCUUAUGCUCCUCUCCUCCCUCCUUCUUCUCUUCCCUCUAGCUAUACAACGAGUGAAGUAGACAAUAUUCCUGAACAGAGGGCACAAGUUAUGGAGUCAAAAAGGCAGGAACUUGUAUUGUUAGACAACGAGAUUGCUUUCAACGAAGCUGUGAUCGAAGAAAGAGAGCAAGGGAUACAAGAAAUCCAUACUCAAAUUGGAGAGGUUAACGAAAUUUUCAAAGAUCUCGCGGUUCUUGUUAACGACCAAGGAGUCAUGAUAGAUGAUAUUGGUACUCACAUUGACAACUCUCGAGCUGCAACUGCUCAAGGAAAAUCUCAGCUCGCUCAAGCCUCCAAAACCCAAAGAUCAAACUCAUCUCUGACAUGCUUGCUCUUGGUGAUAUUUGGCAUUGUACUCCUGAUCGUGAUCAUCGUACUCGCAGCUUGAUUUUGGAAAAAGCAAGAACAAGUCUUUCAAUGUGUUCAACGAGUGAGUGCGACUACUUUGGUAUAUAAAAUAUAAAUUUGCAGACAAAAAGCGUAGAAGUUGGGUUUUGUAUUGGUUCGGUUUGAGGAUUUAUUGGUGAAUGUAACAGAGUGCGUGUGUGUGUGUUUGGUUUUCUUUGUGGUGCAAACUAUUUGUUGCAAGAUAUUGGUUUAAUUUUUUUUUCAAA